CGGCCGGAGCACUGACAUAGUCAUGUGACUCGGGAAACCAAAGCCAUUCCCUUCAAUGUCAGGGAGUAACUGUGAGACGUGCGGCGAAGACUGUUGCGCGUAGCUGUAGUGACGUCACCGCCGACACGCCCACACCUCGCGUGCACUCAGGGCAAUGUUCUAUUGACCGAACAUAGAAUACCGGGAAACUCCAGCAGUGAUCGAUUACUUCCAAUACUAAUGUAUUCGGGACGAAUAGGGCCCGCCCUUCAGGACAGCGUAUGUGACGUCUGCCAAUGGGCCUGAGUAAGCUCGAUGUACUGUACAGGCGGCUGCUUCUCACUAAAUUUUUCAUCAGUGGAUGGGGGAACCCAGAACAUCUUAAAAGAAUAUUUGAAUUUCGGAAGAUUAUUGGAAACAGAGAGAAAUGCCAGCACUUGGUGCCAAAAGACUACCCGGUGUACAUUGACAAGGUUGAAGAUCAAACAGACUGCAGGAUUCUUGAUGGGUACUUCACAUCUCCACUGGUUCAUUAUGUACCAGAUGUCAUGCCUGCUGAAACCGUUACUGCAAGAUUCCAAUUCAUAGUCCCCAAAGAAUGGAAGAGCAAAUACAGACCAGUCUGUAUCCAUUUGGCUGGCACAGGAGAUCAUUAUUACUGGAGAAGACGAACUUUAAUGGCACGUCCUAUGCUCAAAGAGGCUGGUAUAGCGUCCCUUUUAUUAGAAAAUCCAUAUUAUGGCUGCAGAAAGCCAAAGGACCAACUGAGAUCAAGUUUAAAGAAUGUGUCUGACCUGUUUGUAAUGGGAGGAGCCCUGGUGCUAGAGUCUGCUGCCUUGCUACACUGGCUGGAGAGGGAAGGAUAUGGGCCCCUAGGAAUGACUGGUAUAUCAAUGGGAGGCCAUAUGGCUUCAUUAGCAGUAACGAAUUGGCCUAAACCAAUUCCACUAGUCCCAUGUCUUUCCUGGUCAACAGCUUCUGGAGUCUUCACAACGGGAGUUUUAAGUAAAGCUGUUAACUGGAGAGAGCUGGAAAAGCAAUACUGCACACAGUCCAUCUAUGAAGAGGAGAUUAUACAUAUGCUCGAGUACUGCGGGACAGAUUCCUUCAAAAUGGGACAAGAGUUUGUAAAGAAUUUUCCAAGCAGUGUUGACAGCCUGACCCACAUAAAUUUUGCCUCCAAACUUUUCCGCCUUAAAAGAAAAAGGGAACCAAUACCAAAUGAUCCUGUUCAGCCUUUCCAGACCAGCAGCAAUGCCAGUGGAAUCUUAUUCCAAGGGGAUUCUAAGAUGUCAUAUGUUAACCAAGCACUGUCUGGGGGGAAAGAGAGCCUUACAAAAGCAAUGGAAAAGGGGCAGGCACGAAGAGACGAGAAGAGGAGGGCUGAAACUCUUCAAAAUGAGUCUCUAUUGUUCAUGAAAGGUGUCAUGGAUGAAUGUACACACGUUGCCAAUUUUUCAGUCCCAGUAGAUCCAAGUCUAAUUAUAGUCGUCCAAGCCAAAGAGGAUGCCUAUGUUCCCCGGAUUGGUGUACGCAGUCUCGGAGAGAUCUGGCCUGACUGUGAGAUCAGAUAUCUGGAAGGUGGUCAUGUUAGUGCCUACCUCUUCAAACAAGGGCUAUUCAGGCAAGCGAUCUAUGACGCCUUUAGUCGCUUUCUACAGAAGUAUCCAAUGUGAUGAUGUGCGUUCAAGAGAGUCUCACACCGUCCUUCUACAGAAGACUUGAUGCUCGUGACUUGUUCAGAAAGGACAUGCCAACACCAAUCCAUCUGUCUCUUCAACUAGGCAUUUGUGGUUCUUGUGAAAGGACACUCUUCGCACAGAAGGAAAUAUAAAGUGACUGUCUUGAUGAUGGCACAGUUGUGUCCUCUGCAUAUAGUAAACUCACAUGAACUUAUGUGGUAACAACACAUGCCAAUUUUGAAUUGGUUACAUUUUUUGAAACUAUAUUUGACAAGUUGUUUUUCAGAUUUCUCUUUAUAUUGUGUAAAAAAUGAGAACCCUCAAAUUUUUGGAAUCCAUUUUUAGCUUUUAUUUGAACAAUCUAAUAAGCUGAAUUAACUCAAUGAGUUAUCCCAUACAUGUACUACCUGCACUUCUGCAAAUAACUGAAUGUACUUUCAAUUAACUCUAUGUAAGAAUCUACUGCACAAUACCAUCUGAUUGUAAACUGACGGCAGCAGAGUACUCCUGAUGAAUGAAGUGCCUAACGUCACAGAAUACAUUAUGAAAAUUUGCUUGAUGUUAAUUCUUAUUAUAUCACUUACCCUGUUGAGUUGAACAAUCAGAUUUUAAAGGAACACUGUACUGUUAUGAAUACUAGCUCAUUCCUAAUACGAUCAAAGCCAAGUGAAUAUUUAGAUAUUGCUCCUGCAUUCCGCUUUCAACUGUAAAAUAAAAAGGGUAGGCUGGGGGGUGCCACGUUGCUUAGAAACUCUUGGUGCUGCCUUAUGUUCUUCCACCUGCAGCAUCAACAUGGACGUGUCUGUUCCACAAUGAUGGCCCAAUCCAAUACUCUUCAGAGAGGAGCACUGGGAACAAGAUUCAUGUGUGCGGCCAAUCAAAUGCUUCCUACAGGAUAGCAAUGCAUCCAGUGCUUCCUUAUAAGUUUCAUGUGAUGACCUUUGACAUCCUCAUGAACCUCGAAUAUAACAUAACUGAGUGAAACUCGAAUGUUGAAGAGCAAGUGCCUCUAGUGGCUGUUGGGAAGAUAGCCACUAAAGGUGUGUUUAACACUUCAAUGUAAACAAUGUUGUUUCUACAAAACUGCAAUGUUUACGUUCCAAAGCUUAAACUGCUACUUACUAGUGCAUCUAAUGGUCCUUCAAUCAAGCUACUCCCAUACAGACCGCUAUUACCAUAGUUUUGCUUAUGUAUUAAUUUACCUGUGUGUCAACUCCCAGAACUCCUAGGUAGGGACUCGGAAAUGGUAGGAAGAGACACCAUACUUAUCAGGCCACAUUGAUACAUUGGAGUGGAAAAGAUUGUUCUUGUACAUAAUGUGGGUCUUUGACAAAAAAGGCACCAAAAAAGGUACCACUCAUUUCAACCCAUGUUUCUAUUAAUUUUCCUAAAUAACUAAUAUGCCAUUCUUUGAUUUCAUAUUCCCUUUAAAAAAUAUAUAUAUAUAUUUUUUUUAUGAAUAUAAUUUUUAAAUGCCUUAUACUUUAUUCCAUUUUUAAUUAAAAUGAAACAUUUCUGUGUAUUUCAUAAUCAUUCUUUGAAUUACUGCAAUAAAUUAAUUCCCACGUUUCUACUGUUUCCUGGGUAGACCUUCUUUCCAUCCUGCCCUCCACAAAUUUGAUUUACUUAAUGAAAGGUUGAUUUAGAUUAAUUUAUAAGUAUUUAUUUCAAAAAGAUCUUGUGUUAAUUCAUCACCAAGUUUACCAGUGUAAUUGCAACAGAAAAGGUGAAAUAAACUUGUGCAGAAUCUU